UUGUCUUAUAUGCAUAUAUAAUCCCUCGAUCAGUUGAUCUUUUCUCUCUUUGUUUUAGUCCUCGGACUCUGAAACAGCUGGAACAAUGUCAAGACCGGCAGAAGCUCUCAUUGUUGGGAGAGUCAUAGGAGAAGUUCUGGAUUCUUUCAUUCCAAGUAUUAAAAUGUCAGUCACUUUCAACAACAAGCAAGUCUUCAAUGGACAUGAGUUCUAUCCUUCAACUGUUGCCACCAAACCUAGGGUAGAGAUACAAGGAGGUGACAUGAGAACUUUCUUCACUCUGGUCAUGACGGACCCAGAUGCCCCUGGACCCAGUGAUCCUUAUUUGAGGGAGCACCUUCACUGGAUAGUGACGGACAUCCCAGGCACAACAGAUGCGACAUUUGGAAGGGAGGUGGUGAGCUAUGAAAUCCCAAGGCCAAAUAUAGGGAUCCACAGAUUUGUGUUUGUUCUUUUCAAGCAGAAACGUAGACAGAUAAUAACGUCACCUUCUUCAAGGGAUAACUUCAGCACCCGAAAUUUUGCUGCUGAGAACGAUCUUGACCUCCCUGUUGCUGCUGUUUAUUUCAAUGCUCAAAGAGAAACAGCUGCAAGAAGGCGCUAAUGAACCUGUACAAGUCAAAACUCAACAAAAACAAGUUCCAUUUCAAUUGAAAAAAA